UUACAGUUAAUAUAUGUGUUAAAAAAGUUUUGUGAGAUAUAUUGUUAUGAUGUAACAUUGACGGACAGUCUUAAACUUUUUAACAGGCGAUUAUAGAAGCUUCUUAUUUAAUCAAACCAGACGACAGCAAAAAAUUAUAUUUGCAUUAGCGAAUAAGAAACAAGUAAUUGUUACAAAAUUUCAAUCCUUAUACAUAAAAUGUGUGACAAAAAGCAUUCACUAUUCUAUUUUGAUGUCAAUGGACGUGGAGAGUCAAUAAUUAUGACUUUCAAACAUGCUGGAGUGGAAUUUGAAGAUCAUAGAAUAUCCUUUGCAGAGUUUCCAGAAGUAAAAUAUAACACUGCAGCGACGCCAACAGGACAUCUACCAGUGUUGACCACACCCCGUGGUGACAAAUUGGUGCAAUCGGCAUCCAUAGUUAGAUACUUGGGUAACCUUUUUAAUCUUUAUGGUGACAACCUCGUACAGCGUGCGCAUGUAGAUGCUAUAUUGGAUACAAACAAGGAGCUGUAUGAUGGGCUAAUAGAUGCUCAAUUUUACACACCAGUGGAUGACCAAAAAAAAGAAAAGUUAAAAAUCUUAGAAACGAAAAUCAAAGAAGCGUUUAAGUAUUAUGAAUAUUUACUAAAACAAAACGAUGGAAAUCCAGUUUUUGUUGGAUCUCAUAUUACCAUAGCAGACAUACAUUUUAUUGACUUGAUGGACAUUAUAAAUCUUGUGUUUAAAAAAAACACCUUCAUCGAAGAUUAUAAUCUCUUAAAUAUUCUGGACAAAGAAACAAGGAAGUCGAAACACUUGAGUGAAUAUUUAGCUGAGCGAAACAAAAAAUAAACAAUGAGAAAGAAGAGUAUUCGUUAUCAUAUUUCACAAAACCGUCAGUGCAAUCCAAUUACUUCGAUUUUGCCAUAUAUCUUGCAUCAUUAAGAAACAGCCAGGCUCGGCCCUAAAUUAGCGUUGCUUUUAAAACGUGUAGUGUGUUUGUAAUUCAUAAGAAUAAUUAAUAAGAAUAACCUA